CAACGGCACUUUGCCCCUGUUUACUUUCCGGGGGUAGAACAGGGCCUACAGCGGUGGAAAGCCCAGCCUCCGGCGGCCUGGAGUAGCCCCUCAAACAGAGCUACAAUAACUGGGUCACUGGGGCCGAGCAGGUUCUAGCAGCCGGCCAAUUUCAGGAACUCGGCAGCAGGUCAAGAACUCGAAGACCGGCUCCAGUAUGGAGUGAGGCGAUAAGCCGCUUUAGCCAAAAGGUAACUAAGGAAGGUGCCUUAGUUCCCCAUCGGCGAACACGACAGUUCCGACGACUCUGUUUCUAAAGUUACAAACCAUUCUUUGUUCCGAAAAUUCGUAUUCCAUCAAACAAAGAUGUUGCGGCGGCCGAUUUUCACAAGGCGGUACUUUCGCCCCGUCCGAAUCACUUCAUCGCCUAGGGUGUUUUCUCGCACUUCCUUGAGGCAGUCUUUAGACGUCAACAUGAAUUCCUCGACUAGCAGAUCCUACAGUAACACUGAGCUGGAUGUGGCGGAUUUUCGCUCGAAGAAUGGAUAUCUACAUAAUUUGCUGGUUACGCAUAGGGGGUCCCCUAACUGCUAUUGGGGAUUUGUAAUCAUUCGCACUAUAUACACGCCAGAGUCCGAUCUCCAAUGGCCUAUUGCGAUGGCUAAAUUAUCCGACUGGCUACGGGUGGAGAUGAAGACAGGGUCUAAUGCUUCAGACAACGAGCAAGAGCUCGUUGUUAAAAAAUUUAGGAACCUAAUUGUAGACGACAAGACGCUAUAUGAUGGGUUACCGAUGAGUGAUGCGGUUCUACGCUUUGAGGAUAUUCUUGAUGAGCAGUAUAACGUCGCGUUAAAUUACAGCACGCCAGAGCAUUUUGAUAAGACGUGGUAUUAUCGGAUUCCUGAGUUUGUCGAGCAAUCUCUCGCUGAGUCUAAUCCCGACGUUAAACGAGAUCUCCUCGAAGCAUCAUAUUGGCACCUCAACAAUUACAUAUGUCUUGUCAUAGACGACGAAUCGCUAAGAGAUCUUGUGGAGCUCCCUGCAGAGCUCCAUUGUUUCGAUUUGGCUUUAGCGCUGAAAGAAAUCAGGGAGCACCCUGACGGUACUCUACCUGCUCGUAGGAUUGCGCAUCUUAAAGUUGCAAUGCGUCAUUCAGAUUUCGAUCUAAUGGAUCGCGAGGAUUGGUACACUCAAUGGGCUAAAUGGACUAUUUGUAGUGGCUUAGGACAGAUGCAUUGGUCCAUUCAAAGUUGCGAGAUGAAUGCCGGCAUGAUGUUAGAGCUACGAGACGGGGAGCCAUAUGUCGAAAUUUACGGGCAGGACUGAUAUCUAUUCGCUUUGUUAGGGAUGCUUUAGGACAGAUCAAUGCGCUAGAGCUAAGCCUAACGGAAUAUCCAUCCGAUCCCCGGGCACUGGCUUCCGUGGACUGCGCCUAAGAGCCGCACGGAAACAACUAAACAGCGCACAAUCGAGCGUAACCACGAGUUCCACCACUUUUCCCCCUUCAUUGCCUUCGACGAGGCUUGUCGUCUCUCUCAUUGCGGUUCCAGCCGUAUUCACACCAUCGAUGACUGCACUGUUGGAUCGGAUGCACCAUGCUAUAUAUAGAGCGGACCUCAUAGCAGUUCAUAUAGUGAUGCGUUCAAUAACAUGCUUCAUGAUAAUCUGAUGCUACGUCCAUAUGUUCUAUCGCAAGAUUGAACUCAUCGUACUGUGUUUAAUAGAACCACAAUCCACUGUAGUCCCCCGUAACGACUUUCUUCGAGAUAUUGCUAGUCUUUCC